GUCAUCAUCACCAUCAGCGCCGCCCUGUAGAGAGAGAGAGAGAGAGAGAGAGAGAGAGAGAGAGAGAGCUCCAGCCCCCCCUCCUUCCCACCUAACAACAACCCAACCCCGCAGGCUCGAGCACAACGACCCCACCCCCCAAUCCCCUCUGAGAGGAGACGGAGCGAGAGAAGCGCAUACGGAGUCACGGAGAAAAGACUGUUUCGGUAUCCCGGCUCUGUUUAGCCCUCAAUCCGGGCCUAAUGCUGUAGCAGACGGCACGGGAGGAGAGCUCGAGCGAGAGACAACGCACUGAUUGAGAGUCGGCGAGGGACAGGGCGGACCGGAGACACGACGGGAUUGCUCAUUCGCCUGGAAACAUGGGAUGUACACUGAGCGCCGAGGAGCGCGCGGCUCUGGACCGGAGCAAGGCCAUCGAGAAAAACCUGAAAGAAGACGGUAUGGUCGCCGCCAAGGACGUCAAGCUGCUGCUGCUCGGCGGCGGAGAGUCCGGCAAAAGCACCAUCGUCAAACAGAUGAAGAUUAUCCAUGAAGAUGGCUUUUCUGGGGAUGAUGUGAAGCAGUAUAAGCCUGUUGUCUACAGCAACACCAUCCAGAGCUUGGCUGCCAUCCUCCGAGCCAUGGACUCACUGGGCAUCGAGUUUGGAGACAAGGAUAGAAAAGCGGAUGCCAAGCUGGUUUGUGAUGUGGUCAGUCGUAUGGAGGACACAGAGCCGUACUCUGCAGAGCUUCUGACCGCUAUGAAGCGUGUUUGGUCUGACGCCGGGACUCAAGAGUGCUUUAACCGUGCCCGAGAAUACCAACUGAACGACUCGGCUCAAUACUACCUUGAUAGUCUAGACCGUAUCGGGGCUGCAGAGUACCAGCCCACAGAGCAGGAUAUCCUGAGAACCAGAGUGAAGACAACUGGUAUCGUCGAAACCCACUUCACCUUCAAAAACCUCCAUUUCAGGCUGUUUGACGUGGGGGGUCAAAGGUCAGAGAGGAAGAAGUGGAUCCACUGCUUUGAAGAUGUGACGGCCAUUAUCUUUUGUGUCGCUCUGAGCGGAUAUGACCAAGUGCUCCAUGAAGAUGAAACAACUAACCGCAUGCAUGAGUCACUCAUGCUCUUUGACUCCAUCUGUAACAACAAGUUCUUCAUUGACACUUCAAUCAUCCUCUUCCUCAACAAGAAAGAUCUGUUUGCUGAAAAGAUUAAGAAGUCCCCGCUGUCUAUCUGUUUUCCAGAAUACACAGGUGCUAACACUUACGACGAUGCCACUACUUAUAUUCAGGUUCAGUUUGAAAGUAAGAACCGCUCUCCCAAUAAGGAGAUCUACUGUCACCUGACCUGUGCCACAGACACAGGAAACAUCCAGGUAGUGUUUGAUGCUGUCACUGACAUCAUUAUUGCAAACAACCUUAGAGGAUGUGGCUUAUACUGAGGCCUGGCCAAGCACAGAGGUUGUCGUGGAGAGUAUGAGGUGUUAAUAAUGAUAAUUUUGAUGAUACUUAAACACAUAAAUAUGUAAUUCUACACGUCCAAAUGGACCCAAAGAGCUGCCGUCAGACACCACACUGGAUUAUUGCCAUGAUUUGUUCCCUUCCUUUUUAUUUUCAGUAUACAACCCCACUUUUGUCUUUUAAAACUAUGUUUUUGAGCUGAAUGUUUCAUGUUCUGUUGAUGACUGUGUCAACAUCUAGUAAGGUCAGAAGCGGCAGCACCAGGGUUUUAUUCACCUGGAGCCUUGUUUUUGCAAACCCGGCCCAGAAAUAUAACAUGAGGGGUGUGCAAUGUCAUUUUUAAACCACGGUGUGGCAUACGGUCCCAUUCUCUGUGACAUUUUUAUGUGCACGUCUCGAGGCAUUUCUAUCUGUACUGAAUAUAGCCUGUUGUGCUGCAUAUGAAGAGCUGCUGUGAGUAUGAAGGUGGAGAUGAUGAUGUUGUUGGGGAGGUUGCUGUACGCGUGGCUGAGGGUCAUGAUUUGGAAGGAGGCUAUUUUAACUUUCAGAAGGGACAAAGCUCCCCUCUCCCUUAGACCCACUCAUGACUGAAUAGCCUGCAGGUCUGUUCCACUCUCUGUUCUCCCUUUUACUUUGUAACAUAAUGUGAGAGAGGAUUCUUCUGUUCAGAGGGACCGACCCGUUCUAUUGGCCUCCUGUAGCGUGAGGAAACGCCUCUCAGCCAAUGAAAUUCAAAUACAACUCUGUCAUAUUGGUGCCGUCCAUCUGAUGGCAGACAGGAUUAGGAGAAAAAAAAUAUUAUUCAUGCUCAUCAUUAUUUAAGUGACAUAUAAUAUUUUAUUAUCAUCGAAUGAUUUAUUUAUUUAAGCCUCAUGCCCUACAUGCCUCCUCCUACCUCCUGAGACCCUGUGCCACAUAUUUGUUUCCUGAUAUUAAACACUGAGGUACACAGAUACCUGUCUGCGGUUCAGAGGGUAGAGAGCAGCCCUCCAAUGACAUCUUGUUCUCUGUGUGGUGCUUGACCCUUUGAUGUGAAACUGUGUAGAAAUAGAAGACUGCACAAGGAGAACAAUAUCAUUUGAAGAAGCCUCGUUAUGGGGAGUCGGGGGGGUUUUCCAAAACUCCUCUGAUCAGGUAACAGGGAACCUUUUAUCCAUCCCCCUUCCUCACGCGUCUGUCACAUUUCUCUUCUCAGAGAAAAAGUACAGCUCUCCGUUUUCACCUGUGCACCCAGAAAUUCAUCCUCCCAUCCCUGUAUACUCUUAUCUAUCACAUAUCAGUCCCCAUAUCCUACUCUCCAUUUUCACCUUAAAAGCACCGUACUGUAUAUAUAUAUUAUGAUUAUACCAGAUUUUUUUUUACUGUGAAUGUUUUUGUGCUGCACCCCAUCCUAUUUGGUAGUUUAUUGGUUGCUCUCAUGUGGAAUGUUUGUGCUGAGCCAAUCGAAUGUUGUGUUUACAUUAAAGCCACACUUUUCCUAACUA